CCAAAAAUUUUGAGCGUUAAGCGGGGUUUAACUGUAUAUGUUUAAAAAAAAAAAGAAUUACCAUAGUAGCCACAAAUGAGUGAUAUCAAUUAUGGCGUGAUUUAUUCCUUAUUGUUUACAGAAAAAAAUGCAUCGAAUGAUAAUGAUUUGGUUAAUUUUAUUAUUAUUAUUGAUGAUAAUGAUGAUCAUGUUCACUGAAUCAAAUGUUCUCGACAACAUCAUCGAACAACAACGUUUUUCAAGAAGUAGUAAGAAUGAUUACAAUCCGAAUCAUCAAUGUAAAUAUCAUCAAGAUUGUAAUCAAUUAUUAACGAAAAUAUUGUCUUGUUCAAAUGCAUCGAUCGAAAUGUAUAGAAUGAUCGAUAAUGAUUGUACGGAAGAAUAUCAUCGACAACUUUUAUUAUAUUUAAAACAAAAUCCACGUGUUUCUUGUCAUGAAAAUCGUUGUCUUUGUCAUGAUCCGGCAUAUAGUUAUGAUUCAAUCGAUCGAAUUUGUCGAUAUCGAUGCAAACAUGAUGGUGAUUGUCGUUCCAUUCUUAAUGAACCACAACAACAAUCGAUAAUUGUAGAUUAUUCGUCGUAUGGUCUUGGCCACCAAUCAAAAAAACUUCAUGAUUACAUGGAAUCAUAUAAUCGUUUCAUACCGAUGAUAUGUUCUGAACAAGGUCUUUGCCGUUGUCCACAAUAUUCGCGACAAUCAUUAUUGGAUUGGACAAAACAUUCAUGUCUUGAAGAGAUUCAAAUUGAAUUUCAUAAUGUUAAUUUUAUUGCCAUAACUGCCGUUUCAUUAUUGUUUCUUAUCAUCAUUAUUAUGGCACCAAUAUUCAUAUUCUGUUUUGGUCAACAUACAAAUGCUUACAGUGGCCUUCGACAAACAAUUUGAUUGAUAAUUUCCAUAUAUAUCAUUGGUCAUGAUAAAAAGAACAUUUUUUUUUUUUUUGAUUAUAUCAGGUCAUUAUUAUUAUUAUUAUC